AUGGCAGUGGAGCGGAAUCACGAUCCGUCUGGCGCAAUGGUCGACAUCCAGAGAAAUAUCCCUGCCAAUCAGCGCGUUCCAGAUCCCACGUUGAACAACACGAGCAGUGUAUUGCCGAGGAAUGAGAUAACGCUCGAGCUUCGUCCCUCCUAUCCGUUGACCACCACCCAUUACGGCGAAUGCAUAUACCUCUCAGAGUACCAAAAACGUCCUCCUAGCAAAGCCGACGAAGCCUCUCCCAACUCUUCUCUUUCCGCGCCUCUCCAGAGUCACCAUAACUUACCGCCUACGCCCUGUCAAGAUCCUAUUCCGCCCUCACUCUCCCACAAUCUCAUCACCAAAGAAGACUAUGAGAGUAUGGUCAAGGAAAACGUAAGGCUGAAACUUGAACUGGAGAUGGCGAAGGAGACCGCCGAGAAGGCCACGAAGGCAUGUCGCGACCUCGCCGCGUGGACUAUUUGGGAACGGAAUAGAUUGCUGUGCGAGCUAGCGGAGGCCAAGGAGGUGCAUCGCGCUUUCGUCGAUAACGAAGUCAACGAGCUCAUGGCAGAGGAAUCAGGCUAUCUACCUUUUUGUCAGUAG